AUGCUGGUCCUCGCUUUCUACAUCCUGACCUUCGCCGUGGGCUUCCCGGCCAACAUCUUCACCUUCGUCACCCUCUUGGGCAAGGCCUGUCGGCGGGUCUCCGCCUCUGACAUCCUGCUCCUCAACCUGACGGCUGCCGACCUUCUCCUCCUCCUCUUCCUCCCGUUCAAGAUGGUUGAAGCGGCCGCCGGCAGGACCUGGCCCUUACCGAUUGUCCUCUGCCCGGUGGCCAAUUUCUGCUUCUACUCCAGCAUUUACCUCAGCAGCCUCUUCUUGACGGCCCUCAGCGUUGAGCGCUAUCUUGGCGUCGUCUUCCCCCUCCACUACAAGGACCGGAAAAGACCGGGGCGGGCGAUGGCCGCCAGCGUGGUCCUGUGGCUCUUAGCCUCUUCCCAUUGCUCCAUCGUCUUCGUGGCCCAGUAUCACGGCAGCAAGAACCAGUCCGUGGACACGAGCUACAAAUGCUACGACGACUUCUCCGAAGGCCAGCUGAAAUUUGUCCUCCCGCUCCGCCUGGAGCUCUUCGUCGUCCUCUUCCUCCUACCCUUCGCCGUCACCAUCUUCUGCUACACCAACUUCGUACGGGUCCUCCUCUCCCGGCCAAAUAUCCCGCUGCAGAAGAAGCAACGGGCCGUGGGCUUGGCGGUGGCCACCAUGGUCAACUUUGGGGUCUGCUUCGCGCCCUACAACAUCUCGCACGUGGUGGGCUUCGUGGAGAAGAAGAGCCCGCCCUGGAGGUUCUACGCUUUGACCCUCACCAGCCUCAACGCCGCUCUGGACCCCAUCAUCUUCUACUUCUCCUCCAUGGCGGUGCAGAGGGCCAUGGCUGGGGUGGUGGUGGCCUUGCAGAACAAGUUCCGGGUUGUGGUGGGCUGGUGUUCUUCUGAAGUCUCCACCACCGAGUCCGACGGCUCCUUUACAUGA